GCUUGCGCUUCUCAGGCCCCCAUGCAGGCCCCGCCCCGGCGCGGCUGCAGCAGACUCUCGCGAGACUUAGGGCGGCGGGGCCGCCCCGGGCUCUUGCAAUAUGGCGGAGGCGGAAGGCGAGAGCUUGGAGUCUUGGCUGAAUAAAGCCACCAAUCCUUCCAACCGCCAGGAAGACUGGGAAUACAUCAUCGGCUUCUGUGAUCAGAUCAACAAAGAGCUUGAAGGGCCACAGAUCGCUGUCCGACUGCUUGCGCACAAGAUCCAGUCUCCACAGGAAUGGGAAGCGGUGCAGGCACUGACAGUGCUGGAGGCGUGCAUGAAGAACUGUGGGAGGAGACUCCAUAAUGAAGUGGGGAAAUUCCGCUUUUUGAAUGAGUUAAUCAAAGUCGUCUCUCCAAAGUACCUGGGGGACAGGGUGUCUGAGAAAGUGAAGAGCAAGGUCAUCGAGCUGCUGUACAGCUGGACACUGGCGCUGCCAGAGGAGGCAAAGAUCAAGGAUGCCUAUCACAUGCUGAAGAGACAGGGCAUCGUGCAGUCUGACCCCGCCGUCCCUGUGGACAGGACGCUCAUCCCUUCCCCUCCGCCUCGGCCCAAAAACCCCGUUUUUGAUGAUGAGGAGAAAUCCAAGCUUUUAGCCAAGCUACUGAAAAGCAAAAAUCCAGAUGACCUGCAAGAGGCCAACAAGCUCAUCAAGUCCAUGGUGAAGGAAGACGAGGCGCGAAUGCAGAAGGUGACCAAGCGGCUGCACACCCUGGAGGAGGUGAACAACAACGUGAAGCUGCUGCAUGAAAUGCUGCUGCAUUACAGCCCCGAGGACUCCUCGGAGGGGGACAGAGAGCUCAUGAAGGAACUGUUUGAUCGGUGUGAGAACAAGAGACGCACACUAUUUAAACUAGCCAGCGAGACAGAGGACAAUGACAACAGCUUGGGGGACAUCCUGCAGGCCAGUGACAACCUCUCCCGGGUUAUCAGCUCUUACAAGAAAGUCAUGGAGGGGCAGGCCAUCAAUGGGGAGCUGACUAGCCUCACCCUGCCUGACAGCGAAGGAAACAGCCAGCCCAGCAGCCAGGGCACACUCAUCGACCUCACGGAGCUCGAGACGCCUAGCAGUGCCUCAUCUGUGCCAGCCCCAGCUCCUGCGCCCCCCACCUCAGGCAUCCCCAUCCUCCCCCCACCUCCCCAGCCCUCAGGGCCUCCACGCAGCCGCUCUUCCAGCCAAGCCGAGGUGCCCCCGGGGCCCAGUGGCACGAGCAACGCCCUUUCCCUGCUGGAUGAGGAGCUGCUCAGCUUGGGCCUCGCUGACCCAGCCCCCAAUGCUCCUGUCACAGAGUCAGCUGGAAAAACCCAGUGGCACCUGUUCCAGAGUGAACAGCAGGACCUGGACUUCUUCAGCCCCAGGCCAGUCCCGGGCCCCCACAGCUCCCCAGAGGGGCCUGUGCUCCAGCCCUCGGUCCCCACCACCAGCUCUCCCUUCCCUGCUCCUGGGCUCCCAGCCAGUGUUCCUGCCCCUGGUGCAGCCUGCUUGUUCUCUACUGGACUGGACCCAGCUUUGGCUGUGAAGAUGGAGCCACCAGCCCUCGGGUGCCAGGGUGUGGCACCGGGUGACAGUUCCCUACACCACCUGGAUACCCUCGACCAGCUGCUGGAAGAAGCCAAAGUGACCUCGGGCUGGGUGAAACCCAGCUCCUGCUUCUCCCCGAGGGCUGCAGCCUCCCCCCUGGUCCCCAACACCCCCUCAGCCAAACCUUUCUUGCCGUUCUCCACGGGUCCCAGCAGCCCUCUCUUGCAGCCACUGGCCUUCCAGUCUCAACGCAGCCCUGCGAAAGGACCCGAGCUCUCCCUGGCCAGUGUCCAUGUGCCCCUGGAAUCCGUCAAGCCUAGCAGUGCCCUUCCUGUGACAGCUUAUGAUAAAAAUGGCUUCCGCAUCCUCUUCCACUUUGCCAAGGAAUGUCCCCCGGGACGGCCUGACGUGCUGGUGGUGGUGGUGUCCAUGCUGAACACGGCUCCCUUGCCCAUCAGGAGCAUCGUGCUGCAGGCUGCCGUGCCCAAGUCAAUGAAAGUGAAACUGCAGCCACCCUCUGGGACAGAGCUCUCACCAUUCAGUCCUAUCCAACCACCUGCAGCCAUCACCCAGGUUAUGCUGCUGGCCAACCCGCUGAAGGAGAAGGUGCGGCUUCGCUACAGACUGAUGUUCACGCUCGGGGAACAGCCGAGUACAGAAGUGGGCGAGGUGGACCAGUUCCCUCCUGUGGAGCAGUGGGGGAGCCUAUGACCCAGAGGAUGCAACCAUCUUCGCUCUAAAGCCAGGAGGGCGUGAGCUGGCCAAUCCUCAGUCUAAGGCCAUGCUUAGAGCUACGACUUGCCCAGGGCCUGGCUGCUGGGAGGCCAGCGGCUGCUGUGAGAACCUGGCCCCGGCCCCCUAAAAGGACCUGUUCUUAUCCACCUGUGUGACUCGAAGUGGCCAUGUACCAUCAGUGAGCGGCCCUGCCCUCACUGGUCCUGGGAGCACAGGCCCCAGGCUUUAAGUAGGUGUCCCCCCCUUUUUUUUUUAACUGGCAUUCCCAGUGUCCCAGGGCAAGUCUUUGAAGAGACAUGUCACCAAGGGUGGCUUGCAAGGUCCCAGCCCAGCAUGCUGGCUCCUGCUGUCGCCUUCAGGGAGGAGGAAGCCAUGUGGGCAGCAGUAUGCAGGACCAGCCACCAAGAGGCCCACUGGGCUGUGCGCUGUGUCCUAUGGACAUCUCGGCAGGACCCAGAGCCCAGUGUGGUGACAUGGCCUUGGGACACCUAGUGGACAGGGAAGACAGUGGAGGAGAGCCAGUAUUUCCCUUCGCCAGAAGCAGGAACUCAGACCCGGCGGGAACAGGCUGUCCUUCUCACUACCUCUUGCUUGGCAUGAAAUAAACUGCUGUCCUUCCCUUGAA